UGACAGAUAUAUUUUUUGUUGUUGUUGUUGUUGCUGCUGCUGCUGCCCGACUGCUGAAUAAUAAUUUGCAGCGUGUCAACACAGCCCCCCUCGGCCAGGGCCAGUCGCCGCUGUAACGGCAGCGUAAAUGACAUUGCAACCGGGGAAAGGGUAGCACCGUUAAGCUAACAACGCAGUCCUGAACGGGCUGCUAUGGGCCUCCGGGUGACCUGACAGCCAAAGUCGCCGAGUUGCGGUUCAGCUUUGCGGACGACGAGCGUUGAAGCGAUGGAGCAAAGGUUGAAAGCAGUCUCUCCAGGGUUUGUGUGUGUGUGGUGUUAGUAUGAGUAAAGUGGGUGUGUAUGUGUCUUGACUGUGUGAAUCUGCUGUUGCUCGCUGAUGUCCAGGCCAUGCAGGAUCUAUAAACCAAAUGGGUGUUUAGCAAGAGCCGACUGAGGAUACUACUCCUUGUCUGAACGUCAGCAGCUAAGUGUAUGUUAAGGUGACGCAGCCAUGUUUUGGAAGUUUGAUUUACACACAUCUUCGCAUCUGGAGGCUUUACUGGACAAGGAGGAUGUCACGCUUCCCGAGCUCAUGGAUGAGGAAGAUGUGCUCCAGGAGUGCAAGGCCCAAAACAGGAGACUUCUCCUGUUCUUGUGCCAGGACCAGUGCAUGCAGGAUCUGGUUCGUAUGAUCACUACAGAGCCCCCUGCUGGUGUAGAGGAGACCAAGCGCUUCAAGUAUCCAAAUAUAGCAUGUGAGUUGCUGACAUGUGAUGUGGGAGUGAUCAAUGAUAAGCUGGGUAAUGAGGAGCCUCUGCUGGAAACUCUGUAUGCCUUCUUGGAGCAGCCAUCCCCGCUUAACCCCCUCCUGGCAUCUUUCUUUAGCAAGACAAUUGGGAACCUCAUAACACGGAAGACUGAGCAGGUGAUUAGUUUCCUGCGACGGAAGGAGGGAUUCCUUUCGUUGGUCCUGAAGCAUAUUGAUACGUCGGCCAUGAUGGAUGUGCUCCUACGCCUUAUCAGCUGUGUGGAGCCACCCCCUCUUCGACUCGAGACUCUUACUUGGCUGAAUGACCAAAAACUGGCCCAAAGACUCAUAGAGCUCAUUCACCCUGAGAGAGAUGAGGAGAGGCAGUCGAAUGCAUCUCAAACUUUGUGCGACAUCAUACGUUUGAGCAGAGACCAGGCCAAUCAGCUCCAAGAGAUGUCACAGCCAGACCCCUUGCUGACUGUGCUGGAAUCGCAGGAGUGUGUGGAGCAGUUGUUGCAGAAUAUGUUCUCAGGAGAGAGGACUGAGAGCUGUAUCGUGAAUGGGAUUCAAGUUCUUCUCACUUUACUGGAAAUCAGGAGGCCUGUGGUGGAUGGUGUAAUGGAUGCUCAGGGAUUUGAGAGAAGUUACACUGUUAACAGCAGUAUUUUGCUGGCCAUCCAGCCACACCUGAUACACUUUCACCAGCUACUACUGGAGCCACCCAAGCGAGAGCCAAUGCUGACUACUUUGGGUGUGCUGGAGGAACCACUGGGGAACACGCGUUUGCACGUGGCCAGACUAGUGGCUUCUCUGCUUUAUACCAGCUCUGCUAGCCACGCAGUCGUAGCACAGGAACUCUGCAGACUCAAUACAAUGGACCUCCUUCUGGACUUGUUCUUCAAGUACACAUGGAACAAUUUCCUGCACCUCCAAGUGGAGCUUUGUGUUGCUGCCAUCCUCCGGCCCUGCGCCCAUGAAAUGAGACUACAGCCUGGUUUGGGCUCCCAUGAAAAAUUCAAGCCUGAACAGGAUGCAUCGCAAGAGCAGGAUUUGACGGAGACUCUGACCUCUGAACCUUCAGCCACCUCUGAGAACUCUGCACACAACUUAAUGGUGACUCACUUGUUCCAACACUGCCACCUUGUCCAGAGGAUUCUGGAGGCCUGGGAAGAGAAUGAUAAAAUGCAGUCAGAAGGUGGUAUGAGAAGAGGGUACAUGGGACAUCUGACCAGGAUUGCCAACACAGUGGUUCACAACCUGGAGAAAGGCCCAGUUCACACCCAGAUUAGUAGCCUCAUCACAGAGCUGCCAGAGGACUACCGAGGGCGCUGGGAAACCUUUGUGGACCAGACACUGUCAGAGACUAACAGGAAGAACACCAUAGACCUGAUUGGCACUGGAAACCCUCGUCCUUCCUCUGAGGAUGAUAUGGAGAGCCCCUUCCCUAAAGAGCUGACAAUACAGCAGGCCUUUUCAGACUAUCAGAUCCAGCAGAUGACGGCGAACUUUGUGGAUCAGUUUGGCUUUAAUGAUGAGGAGUUUACUGAUCAUGAUGACAGCAUUGGGGCAACGUUUGACCGGAUUGCAGAGAUCAAUAUCAACAUUGAUGCAGGCCAGGACAGUGCCAACACAGCUGUGUUUGAGGCUUGUUCCAAGGAGAGGAUUCAGCCCUUUGAUGAUGAUGAAGAGGACAUCUGGGAGGAAAAAGAGAUCAACUAUGCAACACAAACCAAGUCUCGGAACAGGUUUGGUGGGUCACGAUCCUCCCAAGGCCAAGCAGCCAGUAAGACUUGUGAAAUGACAGGAGCUUCUGGCACUGACGUCUCUGACAGAGCAGCAGACUCAGACUCUGAGGAAGGAGAAGACCCUAAAGACGACCUGGAUCCUUUCUCAAGUCAGGAGCAGACUGAAACAACUAAGAGUACUGACUGGGUAGCAGACUUUGGAGAGGUGAACUCAAAGGCUCCUGCAGCAGGAGUUGGCUUUGCAGCUUGGGACUCUCCAGUCUCUCAGCCAGCUGCAACAGAGGCAGAGGAGAAGGGAUGGGCCAAGUUCACCGACUUUCAGCCUUUCUGUUGCUCUGAAACAGGCCCCAGAUGCAGCUCUCCCGUGGACUCGGAGCUCAGUGGAUCAGACAACACCAAACCAAACCAGAACCCCUGUGUGUGGAGUGUGUGCGUGGCAAGAAAAGCUCCACUGGUGGCAUCAGACAGCUCUUCCUCCAGCAGCUCAGACAGCGAGGAGGAAGAAGGCAAGACAGACUCCACAUCCAGUGAGACGGUCACCACAGAGACCAUCACCACAGGUGCUGGCAAGGAGACCAUCCGGCUCACAGUGGACGCCAAAAAUGAGAGGGCGGUUUUCACCAGAGUAUUCAGACCUGCAGUCAGACGCGAAGCCGAUAAGGUGCCAGUAGAAGGACUGUCCAUCAAAGACAAAGGGAAAGGCAACGAUAAAGAAAGUGAAAAAGGAAAGAAACAUGGAAACUGUUCCAACCCAAUUACCGCCAGUCCAACUAACCAGUCGACUGCUGCCACACAAGAGACGCAGUCAUCCGCUAAUGGACCGGCCUAACGGUGCAGUACAGGCACACACUUCAUACCUGUUCAUACAACACACAGCCAUGCCACCUUUGCUUCCUGUUAGCAGCCCUCCAAUGCCAAUUUUGUUGUGUCUGAAGACAUGUAAGUGAGUGGAAGAUCCUUAGCACUGAGGUCAAACAGUAUUUAUGUUGGACGUCAGACAGCUACACAUGGGUAGUCCUGAUGUCUCUACAGCGCCUUCAUGACAUAAUUACAACGCUUCAAAGAGAAAUGUGUGUUUUAUAGAACAUUUGACUGUGUCAGACACCCAAAAGCCCAAUUGUGUUACAUGUGGAUUUUUUUUCCCAUUAAACUUGGGAAAAGUAGGCACCCUUUAGUGUUGUGACAAGCAGAGGUGACACAUAGUGCCAGCUGCACUUUAAUCUUAAGAAAACACUGAAGUCGAAAAUUUGAAACUUUUGUUAAAUUCAGCACCAGAAUUUCCGAUCGUUCGAGCCCGUCUGCACUCUGGGCUCGAAAUCACAGCCCAGUGAGUUUUUUCUAGCAGAGCAUUUGACUGUUUACACUUUAGUAAUGAAAAACUGUAUUCAAAUAAUCAGCCAAGAUUACAAAAGCCAAGAUGCUUGCAAAGCUAGCUAGCCACCAUUUUGUCUUUAGCAUUUCAGUGUAUGUGCCAGGCAGACAUCUUACUCGUGCAAAUGUGUGAGUGACAAUAAUUUGGCUUUCCUCCUCCUCCCCCCGUACAUCCUAUAUAGAUCAUUUCUCAAUCAAGUAUAAAUUUAUUUGCUUUGAUCAUGUGGGAUAUAAAUGCUCUCUUGUUAAAUCGGAGCAUCGGAUUUGGGGGGGACGAUGUGUCACACUUCCUCCUCCGACAGAUUCAUGUAGUUUAGAGGUGUGUGUGCUGUUGUAUCCAUGUGUGUAGACAUGUGUACAUCAACGUGUGUGUGUGUGUGUUUGAGCUCUGUCUGAGGUACAGAGUGUAUUCUCAGGUCAUAGACGAAGUAUGCAGAGGCAAAGAAAGCACACCUGUGUAACGCACACGCGCACACACACACAGUCGCAUACACACAUGUAUACACAAACCAUAUCUACAAACACAUGCAAAAAAAAAACAAAACAAAAAAAAAACGACAGUGAUGUGCACAUACCAGUUCAUACCACCCUCAGAGCUGUUUAAAUGUAAUAUUGUGAAAUUUGAACCUGUAUUAGGUUGUGGCUAUUCUUGGUAAUAUGUAAACGUAAUAUAAAUGUAAACAGUAUAUAUAAACAUUAUAUCUAUUUUUGGAAUAAAUCCAAUGUAUGGGAAGGCGGUUGUUUCGCAGGUUGCAACGUGUGUAUCGUAUGUGUGUUGUACUGUUGAAAUGAGGCAAUAAUGAUGUCUUUGUUUCGGUUAAAAGGCCAGCAUCAGUUCCUGUUCCUUUGCUUACAUGCUUCCUUCAUGGAGGUUUAGGAGUGCGCAUGUUGUGAAUGUGAGUCGGUUGUCUGCGGUAUGUCUUCCGUAAUGUUUACUUAAAGGCUCGUUUAUUACAACUUGGGCGUCGUUUCCAUUUAUCACUUUAAAAAAAUAAUAUUUUAAUUAAUUAAUAGUUUAUCAAGCCAAAUAUGGGUAUAAGGGGAAGUAACAGUAAUCAUUAAAAAAAAACAUCACCAUCAGAGACGAUAUGUUUAAUUUUAUGCUUUUAUCGUUUUAUUUGUGCAUACAUACUUGUGUAAUGUGUGUAAUGAGGGAUUAAUGUCACUGAGCUGAACAAAUCUGUCAAAUAUUACAGUCGUCUAUCAACAGAAACCUAUUAGGUAACUUUUUUUUUCUAAUCAGUCAAUUGUUAAGGUAAUUUUUCAAGCAAAAACUACCACACAUAUCUUUGUUCUAGCUGAGAAUUUCCAGCUUUAAGUCCUUGAGUUUUGGACUGCAGCUGUUUUAUAGCAUCAUGUUAGGUUUUAACAAAUUGUGAAGGGCUUUUUUUUUUUUUACUGUCUCCUGACAGUUCAUAGAUUAAACAGCAAAUCUGUUCAUCGAAAAAAAAGAAAAAAAAAAGUUCACAGGAGAGUUUUCUUGUAAACAAACAAAAAAGAUGUUUACACCCAGCGUUACACAACCAGACGCAGUGUUUGUAUCCUGCAGCUCUCACACAUGCGCUGAAUUCUUUCUGUCCUAAUAAAACUUUGUUGAUUCGCCGAAUGUGUGCGACUGCUGGCGUUAUUAUGUAUCGCAUCACUCACAUUCUUGCACACGUGCUCCAAUGUGGAUGCAAGACGAAUGAACUCAUAAAAAAACAGCUCCGUAAGUGCUACCAGAGGUCAAAAAACUGCACAUUUGAGUCAAUGAUGGAAAUCAGCUUUAGCUGCAGCCCCACUAUCAACACUCAUUUGGGGUCCAGCCCCUCGUCUCUCUUGAAUUGUCAUCAGCCUUCAUGUUAUUAGCAAUUAACAUGUUUAAUACAAUCUAAUCAUAUCCAACAGAAACGAGCCAAGUUGUAAUAGACCAGAAUUAUCCUUUAAGUUUGCGUGUGCUAGACAGUCAUGCUUUACUUUAUCUUUCUCCUCGUCUCUCUCUUUCUCAGGGCAGGAGUUGACUUUAAUUGCAUACAGUAUAUGCCUACGGAAUGAUUUACAUAGAUUGUUGUAUUUAUUUUGAAAGCACUUUUUCCAAGAAGCACUUUUGAUUUGUAUUCGGUGGCGCUAAGUGCCACCACAUUAUUCCCUUCUCAAAGAGGCGGGGAUGUUUGACUUGAAUGAGUGAAUCAUGUAGAUACUCUAGAUUACUUCUUCUUCUUCAAUGCUUUCUGCCAAAGUGUGUCUUCCCACCAGUGUACAACUGGGUUCCAUAUCUGUGAAGUAGCCUCCCUUUCUUGCAGUGGUCUUACAGGUCUAGAUUUAUCUAAAGCAGUCUUUGUUUGAUCCCUCUAUCGUUUCUUUUUUUUUUUUUUACGUCAUGUGAUAGAGUUAUCAGCAGCAGGAGGGGAUGACACAAGUCAAAGAAAGACUUUGAAGAUUCAUCUUAGAUCACAGCCUUUUUUUCUUUUUCGUUUUUGCUUUUAUCUGUUCAGGGCUUUGAGCUGUUUGAAGUGGAACUGCACAGAGAGUUAGCAUUGCUUCAUGUCAGGGACAGAAGAGAAAAAUAGGGCUGUUUUUUUUGUCAGGGUUGUGUACAGGGUCAGAAUAUUUCAUCCCCUCCGUCGCCAAACCUAAGCACUGCAUCUGACCCUUACCAUCGCGUUUUGACUUGUGCGUGGGCGCGCGUGUGUCUUCUUCACUUUGGGAUCGUGUGCAGUUGAGCUACGGGUACGUUGCGAUGUUAUGCAUAAUGGCAUGAGGUACGAUACGGUCAUUUUUAAGUGCCAUUAAGUUUGCACAUUAGCCUCAUUCACCUCAUUGGGUAUGUGCUGUAUUGUGCCCAAAACUUCAAUGGAGAAACGAUGGGUGUUAAGUUGUUACUUACCCAUUGCUUGUUACUUACACUGAGGCCAUUUCAAAGUUGAACGUUUUUCCCACGAAACAGCUUAUCAUCAUAUUUGGGUACGUGUGUGCGGAUGUGCGGUGUGGGGGGAGUGCUGGGAAAGGCAGCCGUUGUUGUUAAAUGCCUUUUUUUUUUUUUUUGUUUAUGUGAAGCGGACUGAUGCUGGUGUUUUUUUUUUGUUUUGUUAUUUUAUUUUUUUUUCAUUUAGAGAGUAAUGUGUCUGUUACCUGUUGUCAAUUUAGCUUGUACAUUCAGAUAUGAACCUAAUAAAUAUGUCAGAGAACAAA